AAAUACUCUCGAUAGAUGAAGCUAAGUGGAAGAUAAAGUUAUAUGAAACAUUCCAUAACAGACAAACAUUUCUAAAUACUUUCUUCUUCCUUUGAAUCUCCAUCGGAAAUCCAAACCAUUUUUCCAAAAGUGCUCACAAUUCUCCAUAUCAAUAUGUCACUUCAAGACCUCCAAACCUUCGACCCUACGUCGUUUCAGGAUGAUUUUCUGGAACAAAUGCUUUGUGGUCUCCAAUCCGCCGGAGUUUCUUGGCCGGAGAUAUCAACUGGCACCGGCGGCAGCGGUGGUGGUGGUGAACUCUUUGAUGACCAAUCGGCUUACUUAACAACUAAACUUCGGCAACACCAGAUUAGCUCCGGUGAUGUAGGGUUUUUUCAAAAUGAGAUGGUUGAUACGUCGUCGUUUAAAUCGCCGAACGGAAAUAAUUCGAUUCAAGCUCUUUUCAAUGGGUUUACCGGAUCUAUUCAAUCCAAUCAAGCUCCGAACUUCCAAUAUCCACCGGCUCAAGGCUUUAGACCACCGGGUCCGGCAACAGCUCCGGUAAACCAAGGGCCGACGACAGUUGGUGCGACUGCAGCCGGUGGUGGCGGUAGUGGACCACCGGCACAGCCGCGACAAAGAGUUAGAGCUAGAAGAGGACAAGCAACCGAUCCGCAUAGCAUAGCUGAAAGACUUCGGCGAGAGCGGAUUGCUGAGAGGAUGAAAUCGCUACAAGAACUGGUCCCCAACGCUAACAAGACAGACAAGGCUUCAAUGCUAGAUGAGAUCAUAGAUUAUGUAAAAUUCCUCCAGCUCCAAGUCAAAGUUCUUAGCAUGAGUAGAAUGGGAGGUGUUGCUGCUGUUGCUCCUCUUGUUACUGAUGUAUCCUCUGAGGGUGGCUGUGACGGUGCACAAGCAAGCGCCAGUGGUGGCACAGGGCGGACCACCAACGGAACUCCGCCAUCUUCAACCAACGACACAAUGACGGUAGCGGAGAAUCAAGUAGUGAAGCUAAUGGAGGAGGACAUGGGGUCAGCCAUGCAAUACCUACAAGGAAAAGGCCUUUGUCUCAUGCCGAUAUCAUUAGCCACCGCUAUCUCCACCACCACCUGCCACCUUCCUUCCACCAGAAACAACCACCCAUUACUUGGUAGUGGCUCUUCUUCCCCCAACGUGUCCGUGUUGAGUGUCCAAUCCGCAAAUGGUGUUUUGCUACCGGAAGUUGUUUCCGUUAAAGAUUCUAACGCCGUCACAAAGUCGUGAUUUUCUCUGGCGUUGACUUUUCUUUAAGCCCCAUUUGGCCUUUAAAAAAGUUGACAAAGAUUGGAAGAUAAAGUGGACUUUGGCGUCAGCCUUUUCUCCGGCGACCGGCUACCAUAGUUGUGGGGUGUUUUGAAUUUAUACGUAAUCAUUUUCUAAGUGCUUUUGCGAUGUCGUGUUGGAUAGACUUUAAUUGUGUUCUUUUAUUUGUUGAUCUUAACUUAAAGUAAACAAAGUUUUAAUCUUAACUUAAA